AUGGCGAUUGACAAAUUCACGACGUGUGCGCUGCGAGUCUGUCCUUCUCUGUCGGCCUCGCCUGGGUCGCGGGCGCCGCUCUCGCGAGAUCGGAGCUGCGAGCUCGCUGAAGCCGAGCAGCGACUGCAGCGGCGCAGAGACGCCGAGGCAGAGGGCAGGCGGCGCGACUUCUGGUCGGGCGGCAACUGGAACGCAGAAGAAAGCUGGACAGGGAGCCCGGCGGCCCCCAAGGCUCGCGCGUCUCCUCCAGCGUCGCCGCCCGCCUCGCCUUCCGCAGCGGCCGCGGCCGGAGGCGGCGCGAGCCCCCCCUUCGUCUCCCUCGCGCACACUCACGGCGACAGAUUCGCCAGCUGCGAAGUAUGUACACUGGAGGACUUGCCCCGGCACCUGCGGCGGCUGACCCGCGCCGACCGAGACCGCGGAAAUGGCGCGAGCGGAGCCGGGGCGACCUCUCCCGCUGAUAACAAAGACGCGGGCUGGCAGAAGUACGCACUCGCCGCCGUCGCAGGCGUCCUCGAGUUCCUCGUGGGCGAGCGAGACCUGGAGCUGGUGGGACGACUCCUCGGCGUGCCGAAAACGGAGCAGGGCGAAGAGCGACAGCUCCGCAUGUGGAGGCGAACCUGCCAAAAGUCCCUACGCGACAAUAAGGGGAAACCGCUCAUUCCGAGCCUCCAAAUCCUCGUCGGAGGCAACCUGCCCAUGGCGUCCGGUCUUUCCUCCUCGUCUUCACUUGUCGUCGCCACAAUCGUCGUCGUCUCUGCGGCGCUGCGGCUGUCGCUCUCUCGGGAGGAGAUUGCGGAGCUCGCCACCCGCGCGGAGCGCCACGCCGGCACAGAAGGCGGCGGCAUGGAUCAGUCUGUGAUCGCCUUAUCUUCGGAGAACUCGGCGACGCUCGUCUCCUUCGUGCCUUCGCUGGCAACGCGAGCCGUCCCGCUCCCUCCAGGCGUCACCUUCGCAGUCGCGCACACGCUUGUGACGAGUCCGAAGGCCGCGCACGCCGCCAUGCACUUCAACAAACGAGUUUUCGAGUGCCUCCUGGCGGCGAUCUUUUUGCACAGACACCUCGCGCCUGGAAAGCCGCUCCCGCGAGGCGAAGCGCUGCGCGCGUGGACGCUCCGAAAGGCUCAGGAUCUCGGCGGGCUGUCUCUGCAGGGUGCGGUGAGUCUGGCCAAGCGGAUUUUGAAGACGGAAGGCUACACGAGGGAGGACAUCGAAGCAGCUCUCGGCCGCGAAUUUGUCGAGGAGGUGCUGUGUCUGCUGCCCGUCAUGGUCGACGUGUGGAGCGAAAACAAGGAAUUCUUUCUGCGGCGGCGAGCGCUGCACGUCUACUCAGAAGCUGCCCGCGUGCUGGGUUUUGUCGAGCUCUGCGACCAGACGUCGUUGCCACUUGACAAGCGACUCGAAGAAAUCGGGAAGCUAAUGCAAGCUUCUCACGCGUCCUGUGCCAGGAACUUUGAGUGCAGCUGCGAAGACGCCGACAGACUCGUCGCGUUCGCCGUCAAACAGGGCGGCGCAGUCGCGUCUCGCAUGACCGGCGCCGGCUGGGGAGGCUGCACAAUUGCGCUUCUUGCGAACGAGGAGGCAGGGUCGCAGUUCCUCGACAAGCUGCGAAGUCUGUUCGUGGUGAACCCGUCGUCUGCGGACGACGCGGAGGCGAGCGACGCGGAAAGGCAGCUCGCGCCGCGUCUGCAGUGGGAUGCGGUAUCGGUCCCUGUGGAUUGUUAUGCGCCGUUGUCUCCCUCCUCUGCGGGCGGCGAAGAGGAGGAGAAGCGAGAGGACGAGGUGGCGGCGGAUGGCGCCGAGAGAGACUCGCAGGUGAUCGACACGAAGGCGGAGAGCGAGGAUAAGGACGCCGCAGGGGCGCCAGACGAAGAAGAGAAAGAGGGAAAACAACCUGCUGCACCCUACCGCUCGGCGUAUUUAGACUACACCGCGUUCAUGGCAGAACGACACGGCUGCAGCCCUUCUCGAGCGCAGCGUCCGCCCUCCUCGUCGCACCGUAACGGGCAUCGCGUCCCUCAGUCUCUUUCUCGCUCUCCCGCGGCGCCAUCGUCGCCCUCCCGCGCCUCGCCUUUCUCUUCCUCCUCCUUCUCCUCGUCAUUCUUCCCGUCAUUUUCCUCGUCAUUCUCCCCGUCAUUUUCCUCGUCAUUCUCCUCGUCAUUUUCCUCGUCGGUCUCCGCGUCCUUCUCGGCGUUUCCGCCGCGGCCGUCUUCAGCUGCCUCUGCGGCCUCCGCGUCGGCGGCUGCGCUGUCUUCUUCGUCGGGCGCGGCGAAGCAGCAGCUGCGAGAGACUGGAAUCGACUGUGCACUGUUCCUUGUGCGGCCUGUCCGCGGCGUGGUGCUGGUGGCUGUGAACAAGGAGGAAAACGAGCGAGAAAAAACAGAGAAAGGAGGCUGGCGGGCAAAAGAGAUCCACUUACGAAAGUCGCAGGUGCAGAACGCGUGA